CGCGAGGGGGCGGUCCCAGCUUUGAUUGGACAGACAAGGUGGCACGCAGUGACGUGGCGGGCGACAGGCAGAGGCGAGAUGGCGGCUGCCGCAGGGGCUCUGAGGAGGCUGGCGCGAUGCGGGCCCCAGCAGGGCCUGGGGCGGCGGCUGCUGCUGCUGCGCCGCGGGAUUCACGGCUCCGCGCCGGCCGCCGUCCAGGUGACCGUCCGUGACGCGCUGAAUCAGGCGUUAGACGAGGAGCUGGAGCGGGAUGAGCGAGUGUUUUUGUUGGGAGAGGAAGUUGCCCAGUACGAUGGUGCAUACAAGAUUAGCAGAGGUCUCUGGAAGAAAUAUGGAGACAAGAGAAUAAUAGAUACUCCUAUAUCAGAGAUGGGCUUUACAGGAAUCGCUGUAGGUGCUGCUAUGGCUGGACUGAGGCCCAUUUGUGAAUUCAUGACCUUCAACUUCUCCAUGCAAGCAAUUGAUCAAGUUAUAAAUUCUGCUAGCAAGACACUUUACAUGUCUGCAGGCAUGAUGCCUGUCCCAGUUGUCUUCAGAGGUCCCAAUGGUGCCUCAGCUGGAGUAGGAGCACAACAUUCACAGUGCUUUGCUGCUUGGUAUGGGCAUUGUCCUGGGCUGAAAGUAGUCAGCCCUUGGAGUUCAGAGGAUGCUAAAGGUCUGCUUAAAGCAUCAGUUCGGGAUGACAAUCCAGUUGUGAUGCUGGAAAAUGAGUUGAUAUACGGAGUCCCCUUUGAAAUGUCAGAAGAAGCUCAGUCAAAGGACUUUCUUGUUCCUAUUGGAAAAGCCAAAAUAGAAAGGCAAGGAACCCAUGUUACUUUAGUGUCACACUCCAGAUCUGUUGGACACUGUCUGGAAGCAGCUGCUGUACUUGUCAAAGAAGGUGUGGAGUGUGAGGUGAUAAACCUCCGUACCAUUAGACCAAUGGAUGUGGAAAGUAUAGAAGCCAGUGUUGUGAAGACAAACCAUCUUAUAACAGUGGAAGGAGGCUGGCCCCAAUUUGGAGUAGGAGCUGAAAUUUGUGCUAGGAUCAUGGAAGGACCUGCCUUUAAUUAUUUGGAUGCUCCAGCUGUGCGUCUCACAGGUGCAGAUGUUCCUAUGCCUUAUGCAAAGAUUUUGGAAGAGAACUGCUUGCCUCAAGUGAAAGAUAUCAUAUUUGCAGUGAAGAAAAUAUUAAAUAUCUAGGUUGUGUAUAUGCGGGGUGCUCUUCCAAAGUGUCUUAAGAGAACUAAUGGAAUGGACUACAAACUUGUAUUCAUAACAAUGUUAUAUAGCUCUAUUGACCUCUUGUACUGAGGGAAAUUUAAUUUAUUUAAUUUGUGUUUAGUAGGUUAUCCUCUCAGCUGCUUUCUUCUACCUAGCUAAGCAGUAAAGCACACUUACCUUUGUGGGUGCCAGACUCAUUUUGUAAAAAGUGUGACUCUGUAUUGAGAGCAUUAGGUAUUAUAGAAAGCGAGAAGAAAACAUUACUGUAUCAAGGGAGCUAAAACCUCCCUCUAUGCCAUUUACAAAUAGUAAAAGAAAUACCCCUUGACCCAACUGCACCUGAAAAUAGCACUAAGCACUGAAGUGGUGGUGUCUAGGACUGGAAUGCAGCAUCAUAGCAUGCUUGAGGAGAGCAUUUGCUGAAUAAGUGAAUGUUAAAGGUUUUAACCAACUGUGUUUACCUAAAUAUAACUGGUAGUGAUGGAAUUCUACAGAGCUGGCAGCUCAUCUUCUACAGUGUGGCUGUAAUUACUGCUGGAAAACUCACAAGUUCAGUGGGGGAAGGGAGGUGGCUGCCACUGGGAUGUUCUUCCCUUGCCAGGAGGAGAGGAGGUUGGGCCUGUAUUUACAAAGUAGAGGUCCAUGCUAGCAAAGGGUCACCUAUGCUAUAACAAGUUGUUUCUGUGCAACUCAGGGAUAAGAGGUAAAGUGCAGAUGGCAAUGAGAGAUGCUGGCUGCAGUACAGUGGUGGAGGAAAGAAGUGUUUAGCAUUUCAGCCCAGCCUGCACCAGUUUAAAAAAAAAACAAAACAAAAAACCAUGCUCAUCUGCAGCUCAUUAGUUACAGCUGCCUGACUCAAGGUGCAAUUUCUUUUAAAAUGCUAACAUGAAGGUGGGGCUGCCAACUCUUUGGGUGCAAAAUCAGUCUCAAGAAAAUACUUGUGCUAUUCAUAGUGUCCAGUACUAUAGCUUCCCCUUUGUCAGAUAAGAAAUCAGUCAGUCUAGACUAGUUUUGUUCAAUCCUAAAUAGGCUGCUAAGUCUAAACUUAGAGGAAGAUCUGCUAAAAAGGGUUAAGAAUUUAAAUGCUAUUUAAAUACUUUGACCAUAUGAUCAACGGGAGCACCUGUCCAAAAAACUCUAUUCCUCAGUUUCACCACAAGGGUAAUCCAUGAUCAAGUCCUGGUAAAAUAAAGCAUCAUUUGAAAAUAUUUCACUGCU